UUGAACAGUUGUAUUAUGGCACGUUUGGGAAGGGAGGCCACACAGGAUGAGUUCCUUUAUGAUGAUCGUUGGACCAAAGAGGUGGACAACCUGUUCAUAGACCUCCUUGUAGAAGCACAUUUUAGUCUUGAAUGGAGGCAUGGCAGACCAGGUUCGCAUGUAUUUACCUACUGCCGUCGUGCAUUGCUAGCAGAAGACAAACCAGACUUCACGGUCAGUGAAGUCGAGGAAAGGUUUGAUUUCCUUCAAAAGCGUUUUCGAGUCUUUAGUUGGAUGCUACGGAAACAUGGAUUGCGUCACUGCGUCCAAUCCAACGUUCUCACGGCUCCGGUAGCAGUGUGGGAUGAUAUCUUCCAGUCCGACCCAUUCUCGGUAGCAUACCAACAUUUUGGGGACCCACGUUGGCCGGACAUACGAUAUUUGUUCACUGAGGUGUACGACGCGAGCGCAAAUCCACCAGAUGUGUUGGACCAAAUUUCUACGAACGCAGAUUAUGUAGCGGCCUUGAACGAACAAUCGUACGUGUUUGAGCUGAGUUCCCUUACCAAUGACCCACUUCUAAAUGGUUCAAUCGGUACCAACGUUCACCAACCAAGAUGUGCCAGAGAACGUCAGGAUUCCUCCGAAGGCUCAGUCAACACCCACACCCAUGUGAGCAUUCAAAGACGGGGGAGCCGCACACCAAUGCGCAUUCCACGACCACCACGUAAGCCGGCCCCAUCUUCAUGCAAAGGAUCUUCUAGUGACCCACCUACCUAGCUGAACACUUAUGAAGUUG